CAUGGGCCGGGGAGGCCGCGCCGCGCCGCAGCGAACAAAAGGCGGCAGCGGCGGCGGGGCCGGGCCGAGCCGAGCCGAGCCGCGCCGAGAAUAGGCAGCCAUGUCAGCCAAGGCCAUCUCUGAACAGACAGGGAAGGAGUUCUUGUAUAAGUAUAUCUGCACCUCUUCUGCUAUCCAGAACCGCUUCAAGUAUGCCCAUGUCACCCCCGACACUGACUGGGCACGACUCACCCAGGACCACCCGUGGCUUCUGAGCGAGCGACUAGUGGUGAAGCCAGAUCAGCUAAUAAAGCGACGUGGGAAGCUUGGACUGGUUGGAAUUAACCUCACUCUGGAUCAGGUGAAGGUUUGGCUGAAACAGCGCCUGGGCCAAGAAACCACAAUUGCUAACGCUAAGGGAAUCCUGAAGAAUUUUCUUAUUGAGCCCUUUGUCCCCCACAAACAGGAAGAAGAGUUCUAUGUGUGCAUAUAUGCUGCCCGUGAGGGAGACUAUGUACUUUUCUACCAUGAAGGGGGUGUGGAUGUGGGAGAUGUUGAUGCCAAAGCUCAGAAGUUGCUUGUGGGGGUAGAUGAAAAGCUGAAUGAAUCAGAUGUAAAGAAAAAUCUCCUGCAGCAUGCACCAGCAAACAAAAAAGAUGUCUUGGCUAGCUUCAUUUCUGGACUGUUCAACCUUUAUGAAGAUCUGUAUUUCACAUACCUUGAGAUUAAUCCAUUAGUUGUGACUAAAGAUGGCGUCUACAUCCUUGAUUUGGCUGCGAAGAUUGAUGCGACUGCUGACUACAUCUGUAAAGUGAAAUGGGGGGAUGUGGAAUUCCCCCCUCCCUUUGGCAGGGAAGCUUACCCAGAGGAAGCCUACAUUGCUGAUCUGGAUGCAAAGAGUGGAGCCAGCCUGAAACUUACUAUUCUUAAUCCCAAAGGCAGGAUCUGGACCAUGGUGGCUGGUGGUGGUGCCUCUGUGGUGUACAGUGACACUAUUUGUGAUUUGGGGGGUGUGAAUGAACUGGCUAACUAUGGUGAAUACUCAGGAGCCCCAAGUGAGCAACAAACUUAUGACUAUGCUAAGACUAUUCUCUCCCUCAUGACACGGGAGAAACACCCUGAAGGUAAAAUUCUAAUCAUUGGAGGUAGCAUUGCUAACUUCACCAAUGUGGCAGCAACUUUCAAAGGCAUUGUGAGAGCAAUUAAAGACUAUCAAGGCCCUCUGAAAGAGCAUGAAGUGAGGAUCUUUGUGCGAAGAGGAGGCCCAAACUAUCAGGAAGGACUGCGUGUCAUGGGAGAAGUGGGGAAGACCACUGGGAUCCCCAUCCACGUCUUUGGCACAGAGACUCAUAUGACUGCUAUCGUGGGCAUGGCGCUUGGCCAUCGGCCUAUCCCUAAUCAGCCACCUGCUGCAGCUCACACUGCCAACUUCCUCCUCAAUGCCAGCGGCAGCCCUUCGACUCCAGCACCAAGCAGAACAGCUUCUUUUUCUGAGUCCAAAGCAGAUGAUAUUGCUCCUGCCAAGAAGGCAAAGCCAACAGCACCUCUUGAUUCAAUCCCAGCUUCAAGACCUGGUCCAGGUAAAGCUACAACCCUGUUCAGCCGUCACACCAAAGCUAUUAUUUGGGGGAUGCAGACACGAGCCGUGCAAGGAAUGCUCGAUUUUGAUUAUAUUUGCUCCCGGGAUGAACCUUCAGUAGCUGCUAUGGUUUAUCCAUUCACUGGUGAUCACAAGCAGAAAUUCUAUUGGGGCCACAAAGAAAUCCUGAUCCCAGUCUACAAGAACAUGUCUGAUGCUAUGAGGAAGCACCCUGAAGUGGAUGUUCUAAUCAACUUUGCAUCUCUGCGGUCUGCUUACGACAGCACUAUUGAAACCAUGAACUAUCCACAGAUCCGCACCAUUGCCAUUAUUGCUGAGGGCAUUCCAGAGGCACUGACGCGCAAGCUGAUCAAGACAGCUGAUAAAAAAGGAGUCACGAUCAUUGGGCCUGCAACUGUUGGUGGGAUCAAACCAGGUUGCUUUAAAAUAGGCAACACAGGAGGCAUGCUGGAUAAUAUCUUAGCAUCAAAACUCUACCGUCCUGGCAGUGUGGCUUAUGUCUCACGCUCUGGAGGAAUGUCCAAUGAGCUCAACAACAUCAUUUCUCGAACCACAGAUGGGGUCUAUGAAGGGGUGGCCAUCGGAGGAGACAGAUACCCUGGUUCUACUUUUAUGGAUCAUGUCUUACGCUAUGAAGAUACUCCAGGAGUAAAAAUGAUUGUAGUGCUUGGAGAGAUUGGAGGCACAGAAGAGUAUAAGAUCUCCAGGGGUAUUAAAGAAGGCCGUAUCACCAAGCCAGUGGUGUGCUGGUGCAUUGGUACCUGUGCCACCAUGUUCUCCUCAGAGGUGCAGUUUGGCCAUGCAGGAGCUUGUGCCAACCAGGCUUCUGAAACUGCUGUUGCAAAGAAUCAGGCCCUGAAGGAAGCUGGUGUGUUUGUUCCUCGGAGUUUUGAUGAGCUUGGAGAGGUCAUUCAGUCUGUCUAUCAGGAUCUUGUUGCCAGAAGAGUAAUUGAACCAGCUGAGGAAGUGCCUCCUCCAACUGUGCCAAUGGAUUAUUCCUGGGCAAGGGAGCUGGGUCUGAUCCGCAAGCCAGCUUCCUUUAUGACCAGUAUCUGUGAUGAAAGGGGUCAGGAACUGAUUUAUGCUGGGAUGCCCAUCACUGAGGUCUUCAAAGAAGAAAUGGGAAUUGGAGGGGUUCUGGGACUGCUCUGGUUUCAAAGGAGGUUACCAAAGUAUGCCUGUCAGUUUAUUGAGAUGUGUUUGAUGGUAACAGCAGAUCAUGGACCUGCUGUAUCUGGAGCCCACAACACUAUUGUCUGCGCAAGAGCAGGAAAAGAUCUUGUCUCAAGUCUCACUUCAGGCCUUCUUACUAUUGGUGACCGGUUUGGUGGAGCGCUGGAUGCUGCAGCUAAAAUGUUCAGCAAAGCCUUUGACAGUGGCAUUAUUCCUAUGGAGUUUGUGAAUAAAAUGAAGAAAGAAGGGAAACUCAUCAUGGGCAUUGGACACAGGGUCAAAUCGAUAAAUAAUCCAGACAUGAGAGUUCAGAUUCUCAAAGACUAUGUGAAGCAGCAUUUCCCUGCCACCCCACUGUUGGACUAUGCACUUGAAGUAGAAAAAAUUACAACUUCCAAGAAACCAAAUCUUAUCCUGAAUGUAGAUGGCUUUAUUGGAGUUGCCUUUGUUGAUGUACUCAGGAAUUGUGGCUCUUUCACACGGGAAGAAGCAGAUGAAUAUAUUGAUAUAGGAGCUCUUAAUGGCAUCUUUGUACUAGGCAGGAGUAUGGGAUUCAUUGGGCACUACCUGGAUCAGAAGAGAUUGAAGCAAGGUCUCUACCGUCACCCAUGGGACGACAUAUCCUAUGUUUUACCAGAGCACAUGACUAUGUGAUAAGUAGUAGUGCCUCGAUGUCACUUAAAGAAGUCAGAAGCCUGCACAGAGGAGAGCUACAAAUGGGACUUUGAUGUGUAAAAGCCAUUGGUUAUAUAGACAUUGAGCUGCCUACUUACACUGUGCAAAGCAACUGUCUUGUAAUAGAAACUUAAUUAAAAACCAAAACUUGUGAUAUUCCAUGUUACCUGCUGUAUUUAAUUCUUGGAAGCAACUGAACUCUCAUCCUUUUAUUUUUUUCUACUCUUAUGUGUUUCCAGAAAAGUUUUUAAAGGUUUUGGAGGGAGCUUUGCUCAUGAAUUUGUCUAAGAUCCAUUAGUCUAAGCUGUAACUUUCCUGAUAAAGGGAAAGUGCACAUCCACGUAUCACUCCUAUAAGCUAUGACUUCAGUGUUUUCCUUCCCUCCUCCCCAUUGAUUGGUGUUCUGUUUUAUUCAGUUUGCUUACUCUGUUCAUCUUCACAGUCUACUCUUAUCCUGAAUAGUGGGACCACUGCUGAUUUGUAACCAAUGUUACUCAAACUCUGGUGUAGUAAUUUAAAAUUGUAACAUAUUACUGUUAAAACUGUGAAACUAUAUGUAUUCCAGUGUCUAUAUUUAUGCAAACAACUUCUCAUUACCAUUAGAUUGCUGGUUUUGGAAUGUCAGUCUCCCCUAUUAUCUGCAUAUGCAAAAAUAAUCUCAGUAACAACUUCAGCAUCCUCCUUGUCUGUGUAUUGUAACCUAACUCAAAUAAAUGGUACAGUAAUAACUUAC